ACAACUUAACUAAGUCUUGGGUUCAGGUUUUUGUAGAUAUAGAUUCACUAAAACAAUAAUACUGUCUACUGAAAUGGGAAUGCUUACUAACUUAUUCCUGACAUUUAAUUGUAUUAGUAUGUAGCUACAAUCUGCCACUGAUAUAUUUUCUAGUCCCUUCUAGUCUAAUCAUAAAAAGGAAAUUGUUUACAACCAGAUUAAAUACAUUAGUGCUUAUCAAGGAUUAAAUAUGGGUGAAUUUUUGAUAGAAUGUACCCUUUGUGGGGUAUCUUUUGGAUCAGAAAAACUUUAUGAAGGUCAUCCUUGUAUGGAUGAUGAUGUAAAGGUUCCAUUCAAGAUAAAGAUGGAACAGGAUGAUGAAGAGGCAGAGCUUGAAGAAGAGGUUCAAAAAGUUAUUGAUCAGGCUACAAAAUCAUGUAAAAUUGAGCCAAUUAUCCCUUCAGGCAUAAAAGAGGAACCAGUUGAUGUUGAUUUUGAAGAUGAAGAUCCUCUCGGGGGGACUCGAGAAGAUGAAUUUGUAAAUGGAGAAGAAAAUCUUGAAGACAUUGCUGAACCUAUUGAUGCUUCAGACAUAUUAGAAAAUAACCAGAGCUCUACUGAUGAUACUGUUGGGAAGCCUGUAAAUGAAUGUGCUGUAUGUGGCAAGAGGUUUUUUCGUAGAGAGGAUUUUCUGACACACAAGGCUAAUGCUCAUAAAAUUCCUAGACCAUAUGAGUGUAAGGUAUGUAAGAAAAGAUUUACUCAAAAGCAUUAUGUUGCAUUACACAUGCGAGUUCACACAGGUGAACGUCCUUACAAAUGUGGACUGUGCUCUAAUACUUAUACUCAUAAGACAAGUUUUACUAUCCACAUGAGAAUUCAUAAUGGUGACCGUCCAUACAGGUGUGGUUUAUGUGGGAAGAGAUGCUAUGAUAAAUCUGGUCUCACUAGUCACAUGAGAUCACACACAAAGGAAACACCAUAUGAGUGUGAGGUCUGUGGACGACGUUUUACACACUCUAAAAGUUUGUUAGUACAUCGCAGGAAUCAUACUGGUGAAAAGCCAUAUAAGUGCCCCUAUUGUGGUAAGACUUUUCGACACUGGCAUAAGCAUAAAAUUCAUAUUCGCCUUCAUACUGGAGAAAGACCAUAUAGGUGUAAAAUUUGUGGAAAAGGAUUCCCACGUAAUGAUGAGGUUAAGAGACACAUGCGUAGUCAUCAAGGUAUCAAAUCUUUUAAGUGCUCAAUAUGUAGUGUUUAUUGUGCAACUCAAGCCAGUAUUACAGGGCAUAUUGAUCUCCAUCACUCUGAUUUAAAACCAGACAAUCCAACAGCACCGGAGAAAACUGUGGUUAGAAACAGUAUGUCUGGAAUCCUUGGAACAAAAGCACCUCAGCCAAGAACAAUUUAUAAGCCAAUAGCUUCUUUAGCAUCAUCUGUGAUCAAUAGAAGUACAUGCACUACAGCAAAGUCACCAGAAGGAAUUGUUAUAGCAGGGAAGAAAGGCUGUGAUGGAAAACCAAAAGCAUUAUCUUAUAAAGAAUAUAUAGAGCUCCAAGAGAAAAUGCUUGCUGACAAGGGUUUGAUGGUUAAGAAUCCAAAAGAAGCUUCAUGCCCUAUAUCAGAAAGUCUUUCAAAUAAAGUUAGAAGUUCAAGUAAGAAAAAUAAGUCUUCACCAAGUAGUCAGACUGCAUUGUCAAAUAAUGGAAAACAGAUACUUAUCAUAUCACCACAAAACAUGCAGGCAGGAGCUGGGACAGGGGUAGGAAAUAUGCAGUUUGUUUUGUCGAGACAAAUGUCUGCCCCACCACCAGCUCAGACAGCCACACCAGGCUCAAAUGUAGGUGGCCAACAGCUGAUUUUAGGUCAGCCUUCAGUUGUUUUACCUCAGCCACAGUUACUUGGAGGGCAGGUUUUGGGAAGUCAGCAAAUUAUAUUAUUGUCCCCUUCAGGAAGUCAGCAAAAUAACUUGAAUGUUUCUCAGCCAUUGUUAUUACUAACUGGUUCUGCCAGUAAUGGUGGUCAGCGAUUAUUGUUGCUUCCAAAACAAGGCACUAGCUCAGGUAUUUGUGGAAAUCCAGUGAUGAUGAUUCCCAGUAGUAUCCCUGUAGGAACAAAUGUGCCAGAGUCAAAUGAAGUCAGCCCAUCAGUACAGAUAAAGAAGGAAGUAGAGGAUCAAGUUCCAGCGGUAAACGAAGAGGAGACCAUUAGUACUAUCAAACAGGAGCCUGGUGUGACUCAUCCCUUUGGAGUGGUAAUCAAGCAGGAACCCAGUGAGACUGAUCCCCUCCUGUUUGCAAGUGUUGGUAAUAUAGUAAUUAAACAAGAACCAGAGGACAUGGAUAUGUAAAUAAGUGGUUUAAUUCUAAUUUUCAUCUAGUCUUUUUCAGCAUUUUAAAAUCUAUCUUGAUCUAAGGGGGACAAUACCCAUGUGUUGCAAUUGGGCCGUGUUAAACAUGGUUCUUAUACAGGAAGUGACAACCAAAGUACUGUAAAGUAAAACUGCAGCUAGUCAUGUGAGUGCUAUAAGUAAGAAUUAUUUAGUUUUUAAUUUCAACAUUCCCAUUUCAUCAGAGUUGCUCAUACUCAGUAAGUUUGUGAGUGAGAAUUUGCAAGUCAUGUGACUGUUUCUUGUAUAUUGUAGUUUCCUUUAAAGAAAGACAAAACAUUCCUUCUAUGGUACAAAUGCUGUAUAUUUUAAUUCUAUCUUGGGACCUUUUGUGAAAUAAUUUGGUUUAAUGCAUGGAUUGUAUAGUAGUAUGUUUUCAAUUCUGGUUAUUUUUUAUACAAAUUGGUUAUUUUAUGUAAUAAUAGGUUAUGCAGUAGAAGUAUGAUCAUUCAUUUUUCUUAGGACCAAGGCUAUGCCCAAAGACCACAAUCUGAAUUAUUAGGUCACCUACCCUUCAAAUUCCUGGUGCUUUGUUGGUAUGUACAUUAUAAGUAGUUUUAUUGGGCGAUAUAAUUGCUAUUGUAAUGUCUAUUGCAAUUAAAAUUAUUUUUAUUAAAACAUCAAAACAAUAAUUAUAACUUAAACAAGCAAGAAAAUACCAAAAAGCAUUUCACAAUUACUGUACAUGUAUAGAACAUCCAGGUCUAUUCAGUUCAAUUUUUUAAAUGUGCAGUUGCCCAUCAAUGGCAGGGUUGCUGUUCCCGGUCAAGCGCUACUAACCAAAAAUCGCUGAUAAUUAAGGUAAUAAAUGGUGCUUACAAUGUCGUAAGCACCAACAAAUCACUUAUCGGCAUCGGUAAACCACUUAACACCGAUAAACUGCUUACUGAUGCCAAAAAUCACUUACCUUCGCCAAAAGUAGGGUUAACAACAUCAUUAGCCAAGUGCUGUAAAACCAGAAUGCUGUUAACCAAUGCCGCUGAAGGGUAAGGACUGCCUGCACUAAUAAACACAGCUGCCCUGAAUAUUGAUAUUAUACCCAAUAACUUUAUUUAUGUAUGAAGGUCUGAUGUUUAAAUGGGCAAUCCCCCAACUUAUCCAGCGCUUAUCCCUAAACUUCAUAAUCCAUCCAUCCAUCCCCAACAUAUGCAUAGCAUAUCAAUUUCAGGUGGUUUCAUCUUCACAUUAUUUAUUAUGCAUAGCACUAACCUACAGAGAGCACUUUACAUUUUCAUAAUUUUCAAAUUUAAAUUUUACUUCUCAAACACCAAAAGGAAUGGAGAUUAUUAAAACACAGCAUGAACAAAUUUAGUUGUUUAAUGAUAAUGUAUGUCAGCUACAAAGUGCAAUAAUUCUUCAGGUGUGAAAAACCUUUCUCAUAGCAGGACUGAUCUCAGUCAUCAAAAGGUCUAAAGAGUCUGUGGCGUGGGGAGAUCAGUCAUUAUUCUUUCGGUUCUAAUUAGGCAGCUCACAAUAGUUAAAACAUUUCUCUUGUCAUUUUUAAUUGUUUUUGCAUAUUUUAGCAAAAAAUGGCAACAUUUGUUUCCAACUUACAGGAAAAUCUCAGGGCAAGUCCUAGACCCUCAGUAACCAUAAAAAUGCUAUAUGUAGAGGGAAGAGACUGAAAUUAAACGCCAAUAAAAGCCACAAAAUUCAGUAUUUGCAUUUUUAUCACUGCUAUAACAUAACAGCAUAAUAGUACAGUGUAAUAUUAUAAGUAUCCCUAGUUUACAGAAAAUGAUAUAGCACUUACAGUGCCUUAAAACCUGGUGGUUGUGCCAUAAACCGGGUAACGACGCUGAAAAAUUGGAUUAACAGCACUGUGAGCAAGUGCCGUAAAGUCAGAUACCAUAAACUGAGACAGCUGUAAUCUGGGGACUGCCUGUAACAAUGAAAAUAACAAAGAAUCAGAAUACAAAUAUAAAAGUAACAAAAUUAAUCUCAUACAAUUAGCAGGACACUGCUCUUGUCACUAAUGGUAAUACGUAAUAGGCUUGUAGCAAAAUAGUUAAUCAAUAUCUAUUGCUAUUGCUAUUUGAGAAGUAAAAUUUAAAUUCAAACAUGCAAAAAUGCACAGUGCUCCCUGUAGGUUACUGCAAUGCAGAAUAGACUGUGAAGAUGAAACUUAUUGAAAUUUAUGUACUAUGCAUGAUAAGUGAUUUGUAAAAGAUAAGGAGAAUUAUUGUGCUGUAUUCAUGUUUUCAUGCAAUGUAUUAGUAAUCUACAUUCAUAUUAUUUAAAAUAAAACAAAAUGUACACGUGUAUAGUAGUAACAAGUCAGUUUUUAAAAAGUUUCAUAUCCGAAGUUUUCAGUAAAAUAAAAAUUCAUUCUUUGUUUUGUAUAAUGCUAACCUUUUUUAAACUAUCUUGAUUUAAAUUUCACUUUUUAAACACUAAACAAUUGAAUUGGAAUUUUUAUAUUUGUUAUAUGUAAAGUGUGCUAAGUAGAGUUCUUUACAAUAGUAUAGUGCAGUAUUAUGAAUUGGGCUGUACUGUAGUGUCUUUUUUGGCAAAACUACUUGCUUCCAGCUUUGAGAGAAUACUUGUUGUCACUAUGUCUAACAUUAUUUCAUAAUAUGUAUCUGGAAUAAAUCUUUCCUACUGUUAAAGUUAGCUUAUAUCUUUGUGUCAUGAGGUGUGGUUGGCAAUAUAAAUAAAACAACACUCGUACUGUCUCUGUAAUCACCUGUUCCCCACCAGGUGGUGCUGGAAUGGUUUAUGUUCUAGUCAGAAUUCUUCUUAUUGUGUCUUUAUACAGACACUGUGAAUGUGUUGAUAAUAAUUUUGGUGAUUUUUGGCUUAUUUUUGCCUGUGUGGUAUUGUGCUUGUUUUCUGUUUGUGUUCUAUGUCACCUACAAUAAGUAGAGAUGAAAGUAUAGGGAAGAGUUUGUGCAAAACAAACAUUUCAUUUGUGCAUGAUGUAAGCUGUGUUAGCUUAGCUGUGGAGGCACAAAUGUGGUUUUGUUGAUAUGAUGAAUAAGGAGUUAUCUGGGUCAGAGGGUUAAAAUUUUGUGAAGUAUCGGAAGAUGCUAGAGGCCGAUAGAUUAUGUAAGCAAUUCAUUCAGGCACACCUUCAACUUACUCGGUCUCUUCCAGCCAGUGUAUCUUCUCCUCCGUUAGCCUACCUGAGAACCUAGGUUAAUUCAUCUUUCAUUUGCUCCUGCUCUGCCGUCUUUUGCUUCCUAUGUGGUUCAGGAGAAUGUGAUUAGAAAUUUGACCGUAUUUAUAUAGGGUGAGAUAACUUCCCCACCCCAAGUGAUCAACUUAUUUUGGUUUGCCUUAUGAGAGAGACGGUGACAAAGACAUGGCGUCUGCCUGUAGCCUGCCCUCCGGAUUGCCCUGGACCCAUUUGUCUUCUCCAUGGAUAGGGAACCGACACGUGUCUCAGGACUAAGGUCUGUGCCCUUCGCCACCUCUCUUAACCAUCUCUCAAAUUUGACUAAUUUUCCAAUUGAGUCAUAUCCACUGGCUCACGUAUCAUUUGUUUGCAAUAGAGUGAUAAUUAUGCAUGUGAACUGUUAGUAUUAUUUAGGGACACGGUCAUAUUAGUACAUUUACCUCGGUAGUCUGAGAUGGUCAUCAAUUCUUCUGUUAUCAUUCACUCUUCAGGUAUCAUCCUCAAAACAGACGAUCACCCACCCCCCUCCUACUCAGUUUUCCCCAUCUAACACCUGGUUUUUUGUCACCUUGUGACAAUUAUUCCUUUUUAUAAUAGUCUACCCCCAUAUUUGUGGGUGGUUAGGGACCAAAACCCCCAAUUUGAUUACAGGAAUUCUGCGAUUUAUUGAAACCUCCCCUUAAAAACCCUUACAUGUAAUACCCUACUGUGUGAUUGGCUCCUUCCAGCCAAUAGCUGUUGUCAUGAGAGAGAGAGCGAAGGGGUGAACUGAGUACAUGCCCUAAACUUAAACUCAUAACUGCUUUUUUUAAUACAGGCAGUCCCUGGUUAUUGGGGGGGGGAGGGCUUCCAUUCUCGGAGGGGUGCUGAUUAUCGAAAACUGCCAUUAACUGAAACUCUGUGAUUUAUGGCGCCUCUGUCACGUGUGCUAUGGCGCCAUAACUCAUUAUUGGCCCUUUAUUGUGCUGAUCUCCGGAACUCGGCCCGUUAUGGUGCCAUAAAUUGCCAGUGUAGCCCCAUAAAACCGUAUCGUUGAUAACCGAGUCCGCCAAUAACCAGGGACUGCUUGUAGUUCAAACAAAACUGUACUUAUAAUUAUUAUUGUAUAACAGAUUUUGAAAUACAAAGUCAUCUUACAUUUUUAUCCUUAAAAAUAUAUGGCUCCCAGAUACUUGUGAAAGAUAGUAAAGUUUACCCCUGAGAGAGAGAGAGAGAGAGAUUGAGAGAGCAUAUUUAAUUUACUAUUGCCAGUACUUCACAAGAGACAGUAAAGAUUAAUUCACAAAAUGUUAUAAGAAUAUACAGAAUCAGCAAACAUUGAACUAAAAUCAACCAUAGAAAAAAAUUGUAACUCCCUCAAAAAGCAUUGUAGCUACAAGCCAAUCAGCAUUGAGGUAACAUAUCCUGUAUUUAUACUCUGCUGUGUGAUUCCCAGAGAGAGAGAGUGCUGAACUAGUCAUACUAUAUAUAUUAUGUAUAACUUUCUAUCAACCAUUCUCUCUUUCUGCCCAUCUAUCUAUCUAUCUAUCUAUCACCUUUGUAGAGAAAGAGAGACUGAAUGGGCAACAUUAUAUUUGUGACCACAAAGAGGGCACCACUCAUUACCCUGGUGGUCAGUAAUGUCAAAAUAUUAGACAUAUCCUGACAUGCACACCCUCCCCCCUUGAUCGAGGACACGGAAAAAGACGAGGUAAAUCAGCUAUGUAUUUAAAUACAUAGCUAAAAUCUUACUAAUUCACUAUAUUAUCUUCAAUGAAUGAAUGAUUUGCUGUUUACAUUAAUAUUAUGUGAAAAUUGGUAAAUUAUUUAUCAUGCAAAACAAAUAAAAUGGCAUUUAGUAAUUUACUACUUUAAGUAAAUAAUUUGUCCAGAGUAAAUUUUUACAGUUUUAGAGUAAGUUUCUAUAAAAGGCACCAUAUGAUUUAAAAUUUAAGAAACUUAAUACCCACUGUAAACUAAAAUGUGAAAUAAAGCAAUUAUUAUUACUAUAGGUAUAAAAAUUCUCAUCUGAGAGAGAGAGAGAGAAAAUCAAUAUUAAGGGAUAUUAAUUUAACAUUUAAUUUAUAUUUGGCCAUUUACAUUAAUAUUCAUUUAUGUUAACAUUUGAAAAUUAGCAAAUUCAUUCUUUUAUGAUAAAUGUAUUAAGUCACAAAAUAAAAUAAAAAUACAGUAGACCCCUUAAUUUGAAGGCGAUGAGUAACACACACACACACACACACACACACCCACACACACACACACACACACACACACACAAAUAGCUAAAUUCCUCAAAUAUUGAAACCCGUCAAAAACCACUUGAAACUGGCUAUUUUGAUAGGUAAAACUAGAAAAAGAAAGCCUCUCAAAGAUGCUUCUACCUGAGUAUUUUAAUAGUUUUAUUGCAAAAAGUGCGUGUACGUAGUCAAGAAAAUUAUAUGAAAAUAUAGUAAUUUUUUAAUAUUUCUCUGAAAAAUACUGUGAACAGGCAAAUUUUCCUAAAUAAUUGGUAUAUACUGUCCAUAGACAUCUGCGAAUAGUGUGGGUUGAAUGCAUAGUAAUUAGUGAAUGUUGCUCUAUUAAAAUAUCCAGAAAGUAGUGAAUUUCCUUGCGAUAUAUUUGGGGAUAUGUCUCGCUGAACAACCACCCAGUACUGAAUCCUGCGUUUGCUGAACUGCGAUCUCGGAGGGGUCCAAUGUAGAGCCUCUCCCUCCUCUGCCACUUAUUUAUCUUGAGUGAGUUAGCCUAGUGAUAGAACGGCGCUCGUGUCUCGGCAAUUGCGUGCAGAGCUCCAGCAUUCGUCACUGUUGUGUGGUGACCUCUUUCAAGAACCCUCUACUUUCCCUACCCAGCCAUCCUGUGCUUACGACCGGCAUUCCAGACUUCUUUGCUGACUCUUGUUAUAUGUCACCUUCUCUUGAAGUUUUUUUGCCACACCAUCAUCAUCUAUAGUUUACAGUUUUCUUCUGUCACAGUUCCUCCAUUGAGAUUUUAGAGAUUUCAACCAUGAUUUGGUCUAUUCUCCUUCAGUACUUGGGCGGUGCAUAACUUGUUCCGUUUUCACUUCCUUUUGCCGAAGAUGAAUCUGUUGACUGGUGCUCUUUAGUUUACUUCUACCUCAACUCCAGUUGGAAUUGGAUGAACAUUCAAAAGUGCACCUAACACCACAGUGUUUUGUACUGUCAUGUUGCUGUCUUAAUCUAAACAACAAGGUGAUCUCUUAAUUGUAUCCUUUAAUGCUGGUUCUCGGAUACUACUGCUUCUGUUUCCAGUUUUUGAAGCUGCUUGGAGUUAGGUUAGUACUUAGAUAUGAUAUAAGUUUUUCACUUUUCUCUGUUCAACUUGCAAAUUUUAAGUUGUUGGACCAAGGAAACAAAGACUCCUGUAAUUGGUAAGGUACUUUGGCCUAAUUGUGAGAGAUGGGAGUACUUUUGAGUUCGGUAUUUCAUUCUUUGCACUGCAGCUCGAUUACUGCAAGACCAAUACAUAUAUGUAUGGGAUUACAUGUAAUUAUAUAUGUAUAAUAUAGUAGUGUUCCCCUGUAUUCACAAGGGAUGGGUACCAGACCCCCCCCCCACACACACACACAAAUAGCUAGAACCCACAAAUACUAAUUGAAAUCCCUGUGAGAAGGCUUAAAACUGCUUAUUUUGUUUGUUAAAACUUAAGAUAAACCCACUAAAUAUUUUGUACCCGGAUUUUUUAAGUUUCACUAUUAAAGAAAAAUUUCAUGAUGAAAUUGAUAUAAAAAUACAGUCAUUUAUGGAUAUUUCUCAGAAAAAUACAGUGAAUAAUGCCCGUAGAGGAAUCUGCGAAUGCUUGAGUCUGCGAAUCCGAAUACGGUGGGUUGACUAUAUGUAGGCAUAUAUGUGUAAUGUUUUUGUAUGUACAUGAAGAUAUGUAUGUACAUCUGUAGAUACAUAUAAAAGAUGAUGAUGAUGAUAAUACUUAUAAAUAUAAGUCCUGAAGAGGCAGAAUUUCUUGACUUGUCAGAAUUGUAACCUCUCCUGGAUAGACCUACUUCCAAGGCCAAUGAGAGGAAUUUCUUAUUCCUUUUACAACUUGCUUAACCGUUAGUAGCUGUUUUUGACAGUGUCCCAUCAUUAUCUCCUUAACCCCUAAGUGUUUAAGGCCAUAACCUAUAAUAUCUCAAAUCAGAAGCACUAACUUUGAAGUCUUCCCUGUAGGGUCUUGCCCUUAAAGCCAUUUUUGCAUGUAAGUUCCAUGUGGAAUUUCCCAAACCAGUUUAGAUCUGCUUCAGUAAUGAUCUAUCUCACAUUGUAAGUGGAAAAAUUACGCAAGUAACCAUAAUUGAUGUUUUGAACUCCCAGUUCAAGUAGUGUGGAUCCUCAGCAGGCCAUGUGCAGUUUCAGAAGUGUCUGGCAAAGCUUCAAGAAGGACCUUUGUUAGUGAUGGUUCACAGGGAAGGAUAUUUUGUACGUUUUUACUCCCUAUCAACUUCCUGGUAUCCUUCUCUCCACACUCUUCACACAGAGAAGUUCAUAGUUGGAGGGGUAAAUUGGACAGUUAUUAUGUAACAAAGCCAUUGAUACAUGGGCAUUUCCAGUCUCAACAAGUUUAUUCAUUUUAUGUACUCCCUUUUUGAUGAGUCAUUCAGUGUCCUGGCAGCCUUUUGGAAAGGCAAAGGUUGUUUUUUAUCGACAUGAAGGACACAUACUCCCACGCCCUGUUACAUUUUCAGUCAGAGAAAACUAUUCUGUGUGUCUGCCUGGUAUCAGUAAUUCUCUCAUUUUUAGACGACUGGUUUGUUCUUGCCAGUUUGUUUCUGACAACUUUGAGGGUGAAGAAAUAUGUUUUAUGUCUAGUGUCAAGCCAGGCGUUUUGUUCAAUAUUGUCUAAUCAGUGAUUCUCUGAUCCGGUCAGUUUUAUCUGGGGAUGAGGUGAGGUUAGUUCUCUCUUGAGAUUUUUCCAACAGAGAUAGAUAGACAAUUGUCUACCAUUUUUGAGAACUUUGAUGAGUUGGCCUGUAGACCUCAAGAACCUUUACACUGUCCUCAGAUGUCUCAGAGGUAGAUUUGGGGCCAUUAUGAGAAACAUUGAUGUCAGGGUGUUGGAAGGUAGACAACCUACAGCUUUUGGCCAUUUGGAAUGGUCUUACACAAGCAGAAUAUCUAGUUGAGAGACAAUAUAACCACAUUCUUUUCCAACGAUUUGUCUCUUUCUCAAGUUGAUAGGAAGACAGAUCUAGAGAUUUGUUCAGGCUAGCAAAGAAACUACCUUCUCUUUUGGACAGAGCCCAGCAACAUCAUUCCUUUGCCUCUAUUUGUCCUAGGAAAAAACAGUUAUUGAAGACCAACUCAGCAGAAAAGGGACAAGUUCUUCAGUCAGUCUUCUCGGCCUCAGGUUUGCCAGAAGUUGUUGAACCUCUGGGGAGACUCAUUUCCAAUCUGUUCAUGACAACUCAAAACACUACAUACUCUCCCAGUUUACUGACUUCCAUGUCAAGAUCCUCAGGCAUGGGUAGUUGAUGCCAUCCUUCAAAUUGGUUGAAUCUAGACCUUUACGCUUUUUAUCUUUUUGUUUUUGUUUUGAGGAAAUACUGAAGUUGUGAGCUUUGCAGAACAAAGUGAUGAUUUUGAUAGCUUCCUGGUGGCCCCAUAGGGAAUGGUUCCCCUAACUUCCUUUCCUGGUGGUAGAUGUUCCUUGUCUUCUUCCACUCUGGAAAGGUAGUCUUAUUUGAGAAGGUUCCACAUGAUUCAUCUGACCGUAUGAGGAUUUUCAUUGCCUGUAAUGACCUAAGGGGAUUUCUAGAAGGCCAAGAAAGCAAUCCUCAAGACUAAAAAUCCCUCCACUGUUCGACUUAUGCUUCAAUAAUAGUGGUCAGUUUAUUAAUCUUGAUCUUGGUGCUUGUCCAAAGUGAUAUCCAGCACCUGUUCACUGGAUACUGUGAUUUAAAUUUUGUCAAUAUUUCAGGUACGCAAAGGCGUUUUCUGUCGCACAUUGCAUUCAGUUCUGCAUCAUGCUGAUGGAAUAUCACAAUUUAAAGUUUGAAGAAGUUUUCUAUCUUAUGCUGGAAAUUACAAUCUUCCUGUUAUGGUUCACAAUGAAAUUUAGAUGUAGUCCUUCAGAUUUUAACAUAACCUCUGUCUGAAGACUCCUUUCUUUUAGCCCUUGCUGCAGCAAAGUGUGUUAGUUAGCUUCAAGCACUUUCUUGUUCUAGUGGCAACCUCUCUCUUUUCUUUCAUUACUUAGAGAGAAGAUAAAGAAGUGGAAGCCCUUCUCAGGUUUGUGUCAUGCUAAAUUUAACUGCUUCAGUAGGCAGUGUCCAGUUAGAAUUCUUUAGGGUUUAUAUUACUGAGCUUCAGACCCUUUCUUGUUUAUGGGCUUUGCUCUAGUGGCAACAGGCAUAAACCUUUAAGAGGAGGAGUUAAGUAUUUAUCUGCGGUGGUAGGAGACCAAACACACUCAUGUCCAAGAAUGCUUAAAUCACUGCACACUUGAGUUGAUUCCUAAGGUUUUACCAUUUUUGAAAAUAAUCCUGACGGCUUCUAUACUAUAAGCACGUCUUUCCAUUAAAAUUUUGCUAGAGAAGGUUGUCAUGCAGCUCAAGGAAGAUGUAACUAUUGUUUACUCAGAUUGUUUGCAAAAUGUUCAAAUUUAGGAUGGUCUAAAGCCCUUAGUCCUAUCGUUGCAGUGGGGAUGCUUUCUCCUGAAGAAAGUAUAAUAGUAAUCUUUCUUUUCAUUUUAUCAAUAGUAUUUUUUAGGAAAUUCCACUUUAGAAGUUUGGGAGUAUGAAGGUACACAUUGGUGUAUAAUAGUGCACCUUCAUUUAUGAAGGUGAUAGUUUUCCUUAGGUUUGGACUGUUGGUUAUGGGCUUUCGACUUAGGCACUGGAGUGAGUCCCUAGUACUUUAUGAGAUAGGGUCCUUUUUUCCUUCUAAGGAUCUUCUGACAAGUAUCGCUAUGAGGGCCUUACACCGUUUUGUGGUUCCAAUGUCUUGCCACAGUACUUGACAUAUGGAUCAUACAACGGGCAGGAAUGAUGAGAAACUUUUUUUUCCCAUCAUUAAAAAGCUUUUAGUUCACUCAGCUGAACAUUGUUUCUCUGGUUGCACUAACCCACCAUCCUCAUUCAAUGUGGUAGUCAGCUAAUUUUAAUAGUAGGUAAGAUCCAUUCCAAAUAAUGAGAAUUUUCAUGAUAGAUUAAUUAAUUGGAUACUUAUUUACCUACCAUUAAAGUAGAAACACACCCAGCCUCCUCCACAUCCUAGUAGAUGGUCAUGAAGAAUUCUGACAAGAACGUAAACAUUACAGCAAGCUUGGUGGGAACCUGGGAUUACAGAGACAGUUCAAGCGGGUUUUAUUUUGAUUGCCAAUUGUACCUAAUGGCGUGAAGGUAUAAGCUAACAUUAACAGUAUAUAAGGAUCCAGGUAAUUAAUUUUAUCAUAAAAGUUCUCAUUUUAUUUAUUUUACUUCUAAAGUUCACAGAUGUGAAUGUACAAUACUUUGCCAUGCUUGUUUAUCUUCUUGACAUUCCACUGAGUUGUUGAGUCAUGAAACAUGUAAGAUUAGACUAUCUACUCCAAUAAAAUUUUAUCUAGAAACACGUCUAUUAAGUGACGGUAGCAUCUUAUUACGCAACACCUUCCCUUCCCUUCCCUUCCCUGGUAUUGCAUCUUAUUACGGAACACCUUCCCUUCCCUGGUAUUUUACCAUCUUUAUAAGCCAUUCUAGAACACAAAAGCACAACAGUUUCACAGCCUAAACACAAAGCUUCUGCAAGUGAUUCUAAACUGCUAUUGUAGAAGUGUGAAUAGCAUAAGAAAUCAUACCACAUCAUAAACUUGCUUCAUAUACUGGCAGCACUAUCUAGUAAUGAGCACAUCUGAGCUUUGUAAAAAUGAUGGAUCCAUCCACUUCACCUCAUCUUUAUUAGAUAUUAGAAACUAGCUGCCGAGCUUUUGGCUUCAUUUCAAAUGAAACUGGAAUGGGGCUAGGUGGUCUAAUUUGUUUUGUCUAACCAGUCAAGAAAUGUUCAGAAUUGUACUGUACCUUAUGACAUCUGUCUAAUGGUUAUUUUCUGAAGGAUCAGUUUGCAAAAUGGUCAAACUUCUACUGUGUAUAGUUUUAGAUAUUUAUAAUCUCUAGUUUGAUGCUAAGCAUCAUAGCUAAUUUUUAUUUGGACUUGGGUAAUGGUAACAAGAGUUAAGGUGAUUAGGAAUUUAAGGCCAGUACUAAUAUUUGUAGUAAUAUAUUGGGUAUGAAUAUUGAUUUCUUGAAUAAUUUAUGAAUUAGGUGCCAUUAUUAGUACUUAAUGUUGGAGUGAAUAGAUCAGAUUUAAUUUUUGUAUAGUUGGAUUUUGGGUAAUUAUGAUUUUCUCUAUGAAUUACCUUAUUAAUUUUGUUCCUUUUGCUGAAGCUUUUAAUUAAUGGAAAGAAUUGGGAGGUGCUACGUAGAAUGUAAUCUUUAUGUCAUUUAGGAUAACGUACUUUAUUGAAAGGUGUCUGGCAUUAUUACAGAAGGUAAAGAAGUGAAUUAACUGAAAGCAGUUUCUGACUGUUUCUUUUCAUUUUUCAAUAAAUUGUAAGUCCUGUAAAUGUAAAGUGAUUGGUUUAAUGCACUAUUAAUUUUGGCAUUUAGAGAGAACAAGUCAUAAAUGUUGCUGUAGGAAACUGAAGCUGAAGAAAUGCAAGUAGUACAAGUAUGGGUAGAUUGAUUGAGAAUGUUAAUUGUAUGAAGGUAUAAGCUUGCAUUUCAACAAAACUAUCAAACUAGAAAGAAAAUGUGAAGCAAAAUAGCCUGGAAUAAAAUGUGCUGUGGAAAAUCACUGUAAAAUACUGUACAGAAAAUAAAAAGCUGUAAUAAAGCAUAAUGUAGAAAGAGACAGUUAAGUAAAAGACAUUUUCAUUGAGACAUUCUUUCACUCUGGUUGUUCUUUUGAAUGGAUUGUUGUAUCAAAUGAAUUUUGUAUACUUACGUGAUGUGCAAACCUCUUAUUGUUUGCUUAACGCCUAGAAAGGCAUGAUUAGCUGAAUGUUGGGUCUUAGUGUUGGAGGAUCUCCCUAACUAUCCAUUGUGAUAUGGUUAGGUGUAGAGUAUCUUCUUUAAUAUGUUUUUAUAUUUAGCAUUGUUUGAUAGAUUGAAUAUUGAUUUGGCAAGAAGAGCAUAAAUGCUUCCUUGACUUAUGGCGGGGGAUCCAUUCCAGUGCCUCUCUCUAAGUUGAUUUUCACCGCAAGUUGGUUCCUCGCUGUAAAUGGCUCUUUAACAGCAUGCCGCCAUAACUUGAUGUUGCAUCAAGUUACAGCGCCAUUAACUGGAUGCUCAAUGGCGCUUACAGUGCCUCAACUUGAUACAACAUUGUUACGUCGCUGUAGAGUGCUGUUAAAGGCACUGAGAAGCAACUUAAGAUCAAAUUGACAUAAGUUGGUGGCGCCGGAAGUCAAGGUCGCAAUGUAUUUUAUUACAUUGUAUGGUUUGCAAUUACAUUAUUUUGAUGUAGCAGUUUCCAUUGUGUGGAUUUAUUCCACCAUGUAAAUCGGGUGUUAAGUAGCUCAUGUAGAAAAAUUUGAACUUUCAGAAUUUUUGUUGAGAUUCUGUUAUUUUGACUUGCUCUGUAUGGUUUGUACAUGCCCAGGUACCGAAGGCAAAUGUUAUAUUUGAAAGAGAUAGUGCAUGCAAAUAAUAUACAUGUUAGUUCAUAAGACUUUGAAAAGGUUUGUGCUUAGAAAUCGCUGCUUUUAAGGGAAAAAAGUAAGACUGAUUCUUAGGCUCUUACAAUAUUCUUCAUGAAUUAGUGAAAAAAAGUAAGACUGAUUCUUAGGCUCUUACAAUAUUCUUCAAGAAUUAGUGAAUGAGAAAAAGUGAGUUUUGUUCCUUAGAGGGUGUUUAAGCAACCCUUUCCUAUUUUGUUCUGGUUCAUCACAAACCAUUUAUAGUACCUUUGAUUCAUUUUUUUUUUAUUCAUAGGUGGAGUGUGGAACCAAUCUUUCCAGCUCUCCUUUUAAAAUUCACUUAAAAUCAAUGGUCACUGCAGCCAAAUAGCGAAACAUUUAAAGUUAACCAGUUUUUGGCCCAAACUCCAUAAAGAACUCAUCUUGCAGUGCAAGAGAUUGGAUGACUGCACUUCAAGGUCUUGCUGGUGGGUGGCACUUAUUACAGAGUAGACAUGGCGACAACAGUCACUUGAGUUUGUCAUCACUCAUGGAAUUUGAAUUGAAACCUGGAUGAUUAGGAUAGACCACACAUGCCUGGAAGAAAAGUCAUUCAGGGUAUGAAACAUUAUCACAAGAAGGAAACAGGAAAUACUGGUAAUGGACUUGGUGCAACUACAGUUAAAGACUUUGUCUGUUCAUGGACACAUAGUCUUAACAGUGUAGGAGACUGGCCAUAUUAGAUAACAAGACUUUGUGUUCAUAGUGACAGGAGGGUUCAAGUCAGAAUCAUUGAGUAUUUCUAUCUAUCAAGUACAGAAAGGAAAAACAUCAUAUAAACAGGACCUAACCUGCGAAUAUACUCCAGGAACUUACAUCUUUGUGUUUAGUAAUGAGCUGAUUCCUAGGAUUACUUUAGACCCUAAUUAUAAUUUUGGGGAUUCCACUAGUAUGGAUGUAUGGACAAUACUGUCAGUUUGACAUUAAAAUAAUAUACAGUGAACAAGCCUUAUUCUGGGGGGUGGUCAGGUACCACAGCCCCUUGCAGUUAUGCCAAAAAUCCACAAUAUAUUGGAACCCCACUAAAAUGGCUUAUAACUAUGCAUUAUACUAGCUGGAACACCAGAUACCUUUCUAAAAACUUCAAAACUGCCUAUUUUUAUGUUUCAAGUGAUUACAUAGCUAUAGUUUCACUAUGCCGCAGCAGCUAGAAUUUGAAAUUUGCAGUAGUACUCUAUUGUUUUUGGUUAGGUGACUACCAAGCCACCACUGGGGAAGCAUGGAACCAACCUAGGAAACAAAGACAGUUGUUUUCUGCCUCUAAUGAACAUAACAGACAUUCUCAGCAGCGGUUAAUUUGAAUCUGGCAGAAUCUUUGCAAUCUAUGUCUCUGGCAUUCGGUGAACUACUCUUACCUUUGGUAGCCACUUUGGCAUUGUUAGCUUAUAUAGGAAUCCAGUAUUUCGAUUUUGUCUUAUUUUUGUCAAACCUAGGCUAGGCUUUGUUUGGACUAGAAACCGCGCAUGUCUGAUUUGAGUACACAAAACGUAAGGUGUCGCAGCAAAGGCUGCAAUUCUAGGCUAAUCAAAGUUGGUUAUGACCCUCCAUCAGUUGUUACAGUGAACAUCCCCCAUAUUUGGGGACUCCGAUUCAUGGACCCUCGUAUUCCCGGAUUUCUCUCUUGAACAUAACCCCCAUUUUUAUAGGAAAAUUUGCCCAUUUGCGGUAUUUUUCUAUGAGAGAUAUCCACAAAUUCCUGGGUUUUUUUUAUCAGUUUCAUCAUAUAAUGCACUUUUUGUGAUAAAACUAGUAAAAAACCAGGUAAAAACAUUUUUAGUGGGUUUUUUCUUGUGUUUUAACUAACAAAAUAGGCAGUUUUAAGCAUUUUUAUAGGAGUUUCAACUAUUUGCGGGUUCUAGCUAUUCCCGGGGGAUGGUGGCCUCUGGUAUGGUACCCAUCCUCCGUAAAUAUGGGGGAAUACUGUAGUUGCAGGAGUCAGAAUUGUUUGCUGCAAUUAACUUGUAAUGAAUGUGAGGGUUAGGGGGAUAGGGUGUGGAGUACUUACAGGGCUCAUAUGAAAAAGCUUGAUAGAGGUAAAAAGAGAAAAGCAGCUGUUAGAGCUAGCAGUAAGCAGUCCUUAGCUAGUCAGGCUGAUGCCAAUGUAUCUUAUUCUCAUUCUCCUUCUGUCACACCUGUUCCCUUGUCUCAAGCUUUACGACCCGAUCCUAACCCUGGCUUCCUUGCACCUGCACCCGAUCCCAUUGCCAGCCUUGAGUCGCGAAUAGACCAGAAAAUAUCUUGAUGUUACAGGCCUUGGAUCAAGAGUGUGUUUUUGGUUACAUUCAUACACCUAUAUCUGUGUUUUAUGUAAGGAAGGAUACCAGAGUAUAGUGAAGGAACUUGAAUGUAAAGAAUUGCUAUCCAAAGAAAAAUUAAUUAACCUGGCACAAAAAAUAUGAACCAUAAGGGUAUACAUAAACUUGUCAAGGAGAGCAAUGUAAGAUACAUGGCUGUUGCAGUUGAUUAUCAGUUACUGAUUAAACUAAAAUCUGUGGCAAGAGUACCAAAUGGACAGCUUGAACAGACAAAACUUGUCUAAAUAGCCCUUGCAUAGUACUGACAUGACCUAAAGUAAGAAGGUAUAGGUUGUCAGGAAAUAGACAGCUCAAAACCUCAAACCUAAAAAAAUUGUUCAUUUAGACAAUGUCUGACUAUUUUUGACAUGUAAAGAUACUUGAUAUGUCACGUCAAAAGAAGCCAGAGCUCCUGAAUGAUUGCAAAAGCAAAAGAAUAUAGUCUCCAAUUUUUAUAACUGGUAUUGUAACGUGCAGUGACUGACAAUUUAGUCUCUGAUUGGACUCCAGAAGAAAUUCUUCUGCUCUAUGAAGAGUAACCAUUUUUGCUCUUUCAAUUUAGUUGUAACAACAUUUGUAUGUUCACUUGUGUUGUAAAAAUUUCUUGGUGACUACUAUGGGUAUGUCAGGAAAUUAAAGAAUGACAUGAUCAGUGUACUGCAGAUUCAUAUAUUGAGCAAAUUGCAGAGUAUUACUUUUACUUUUUAUUCCAUUUAAAAGUAGUUUAAACAGGCUAAUUGAGCAUACUUGUUUCACCAGUAUGUUCAAGAAGGAAGUGCCACAGUGGAGUGUAUUUUUUUGCAGAAAAUGUAACAUCAGAAAACUUUUGUGGUAUACAGCACCAGAAUUUUUUUUUAUUAACAAAGAUUUACAUCAUGGGUAAAUCUGGCCAGUGUUUAGUAGGAUGGGGUUGGUAUUGGUGUAAUUGAAUUUUUAAGAAAAUCAGAAAUUGUAAUAGAAUUUAGAAUUUUGUGUGGCUUCAAUUCCUAUAAGACUAAACUCACUGUAUUUAAUAUAUCUUUGCUCAACAUUUCUUUACCAAUGUCCCAAGAUGGUGAUUUUGUUCAUUGUCUUUGAAUUAAUGGUUACCUUUUGUCAAUGAUUUUUUUACCUUAAAAACAUUUUUGGGUCCAAGUGCUUACCUUGUAGAAACUGAUGAUUGUAGUAUUCCAGAGUUACAGUUAAAUGAUUGGGAAUUUGUAUAUGUAUUUGCAUUAUGCUGUGAUGUGAAAAAAGUAUGUUUAGGGUUAAUUCUUCAGUCAUCAGUGGAACUGAACACUGCUUCACUUGAGGUAAAAUUUCAUUGCAUAGUACGUAAUUACAUUGUAGAGUAUACUGCCUUUGAAAAGUAAUAAAGACUUAAGUUUUGCAAGAUAUUAAAUUAAAAUGCUGAAGUUAAAAACCAGAUAUUUAUACAGUGUGAAAGGAAAAGGGAAGCUUAAACCCAUAAUUCUAAGAUCUACUGGGAAGAGUUCAAAUUAUGGCUGUACAUUAAGUAGAUUGUCUUAAUCUAGUUCAGUGGCUGGGUUUGUCUUGCAAGGAUAUUUGUAUUUAAAAGAAAAUGUACUGUAAUUUAAAGAAAUUUCCUGAUAUGUAAUUUGUCUCUUUUGCAUUUUUAUAGGUUUUCCGUUUGUAAUCAUAGAAAUAUUAAAGAGUGGAAUUACAUUUAUGUCAAAUUUAUUGUAGUACUACAUUGUGUACUUUCCAAAGAGGAGGUUGAUUUUAACAUAUGAUUAUACAAUUUCAUUCAUGUUUUAUUCACCAAGUGAUGAGGAAUGUCUGUACUUAAUCCUUUCACGUGUUUUUCCUAGUCAAAUCUAGUAUACUAUAACUAAAUGUACUCAAGAUUAUUUAUUUUAGGCUAUUUAGACACUAAGCUAUGUAUGAGUUAUCUACCUAGAGUUGUGAAUUAAGGUACUGUUAUUAGAUCAUGUGUAAAAUAAAUUCUGUAUCUUUA